AUGAGUCUGGCAAAGGUUAAGCACGUGGUCCUGGUGCUAUCAGGCAAGGGUGGAGUCGGCAAGUCGUCCGUCACCACGCAGCUCGCACUCUCCCUGUGCCUCGCUGGCUUCUCGGUUGGCAUUCUCGACGUCGACCUGACGGGCCCGUCUAUCCCGCGCAUGCUCUCUAUCGAGGAGUCCAAGGUGACCCAGGUCCCCGGGGGUUGGGCGCCCGUCCUGGUGCACGAGGCAGACGAGAGCCAGGGCUUGGGCAGCCUGCACGCCAUGAGCCUGGGGUUCCUGCUGCCCAAGCGGGGCGACGCCGUCGUCUGGAGGGGCCCCAAGAAGACGGCCAUGAUCCGACAGUUCCUCAAGGACGUGCUCUGGGAUGAGACCGACUUUUUGCUGAUCGACACACCACCGGGAACGAGCGACGAGCACAUCUCGCUUGCCGAGACGCUGCAGAGGGAUGCCAGACCCGGCCAGGUCGCCGGAGCCGUCGUUGUGACCACGCCCCAGGCUGUGGCCACGGCCGACGUCCGCAAGGAGCUCAACUUUUGCACCAAGACGAGCAUCCGGGUGCUCGGCGUGGUUGAGAACAUGAGCGGCUAUGUCUGCCCGCACUGCUCCGAGUGCACCGACAUCUUCGGAUCGGGAGGCGGACGGUCAAUGGCGGAAGAGUUCCAUGUGCCGUUCCUGGGAUCCGUGCCCAUGGACUCGCAGUUCAUCACGCUGAUUGAGGAGGGAACGAGGCCAAGCUAUCCCGCGGGCACCAAGGUUAACGGCGUGGACAUUGCUGCUCACCGGUCGGCGGCGCAGGGGAGCGAAACGGCGGACAAGGGCGGGACCUUGGUCAACAAGUACCGGGAUUGCUCGCUGUACCACGUCUUUGGGGGCAUUACCGACAAGGUGAGGGAGAAUGUGGCCAACAAUGGGGCGAGGUGA